CUGAACACUGCAUCACGAGCUUUCCUCGGCUCUUUCGCAUUUUUCUUCUGAAUCAUGAAUCCUGGCACAAGAAGUGACGUCUGGCAUACUUAGAGCUCGAUCCAGGCGCAACCUGCCCCGGGUUUUGGAAGUUUGCCGCGAACAUGGCUUGGAACCUGCCAGCCCCUGGGGUAACGGGCGCGCAAUACUGCGCAGCCAUCCGCACGCAGUAUGCGAACUACAAGGAGAUUGUUAAGUCAAUCCUGUAUGACCUGGCAACGGGCAAACGGCUUGUCCGGUCCGUGGCGGCAAAGUAUGGCGAUGCAUGCAACUUUUUGACGCGCUUGCUCAAGGAGCCGUCCCAGGAUGCCGCGGACCUGGCGGAGCGGAUGCUGAUGUCGAAGCAGCUCAUGACCCAACUGCUGCAGCUCCUUGGAUACGCCAUCCGCGCCGAGCCGGAGGACCAUGACGGCAACGGCGGGCCCGCCGUGACGCGCGGAGAGCGCGCGACCGUGUACGGCGCAGUGCGACAUUGGACCAGCGAGGUGCUGUUGCACACGCUCAUAACCAUCGCCCACCCCAAGCUGGGCCGGCAGAGCGUCACGCCCGCCGGCCAGCGCGCCGCCGAGCGCGCCACGCUGGGCCUCGUCCGCAGCGGUGCCUUCCGCUGCUUCACGCUGCUGCUGUCGCAGUGCGCGCGCGAGUCUGCGCAGCUGCUGGAGGUCUGUCGCGAGCUGGAGCAGCAGGCCAGGGAGCAGGAGAAGCCGGUGGCAUCUGGGUCGGGCGCGGCCGCUGGGGGCCAGGGCCGGGGGCGCGCGGGCGUCGGCCGGGGCGGCGCCGCCCGGGCGGGGGCGGGCGGGUCAAGUGGGUCGGGCGGCGGCGGCUACCAGCGUGACGUGUACAAGGAGCCGCCGACGCCGCUGGACGCCGCGCGGGACGCCAUGCUGGGCGUGCACUCCAGCUAUGUGCCGUACGGGCCGGAGGCGCAGGCGGCCUUCCGGCGGGUGGCGGACCUGCGCGCGGACAUGCUGGACCCUCAGCAGGUCCUGUGGCACGUGGGCGGGCUGGUGGCCGUGUCCUGCACGCUGCUGUCGGGGCUGGGCCCGCCCGAGGCCGGCGGCACCACCGCCGCGCCCGCCCCAGUCGGCUUGAGCCCCGCGGCGCGGAACGACAAGGACAAGGACAAGCAGCCGAUGGGGAAGGACAGGGACAAAGAGAAGCAGGGGCUGCAGGAGCAGGACGCAAAGGAGAGCGAGAAGAAAGGCAAGGGCAAGGAGGGCGAGGGCGAUGGCGACGCGGACACGCCGCCUACACCGGCGGUGCUGCGGCUGCUGGUAGACGAGCUUGUGGACAGCCAGAUCCUGGAGCACAUGUCCCGCGCCGCGCUGAUGCAGCUGGCGGCGCUGGGCGACCGGCCCAGCAUCUACCCCGAAAAUUACUUGGCGCAGGUGGGCGUGCGGCCUGUGGGCAGCGUCAUGUCGGUCUGCCAGGCGCUGUUCGCCUCGACAGAGGCCUGGCUGCGCCUGCCCGCCUCGCCGCUGGCGAUGCCCGUGUCCAACGACAACAUGGAGCAGGCCGUCGGGCUGGCGGUGGCGGAGGAAGCGGAGGCGGGGGCGGCGGGGGCGGAGGUGGAGGUGGAGGCGAGGGAGGCGGCGGCCGGGGAAGCCGGUGCGGCAGGAGCAGCAAGGGCAGCAGGAGCAGGGGGUGUGGACAAGGCGCGUGCGGCGGAGCCAGGGAAGGCGGCACCAGCGGCGCCGGGCCCGCCGCCCGAGCAGCAGCCGCCGCCGCCGCCGCCGCCGGGGCGGCUGUGGGGCGCGAACGUGCAGCAGUUCCUGUUCGGCCUGAUGUCCAAGAUGCUGGCGGGCGCGGGAUACGGCAGCGGCUUCGUUGAGCGCAGUAGCAGUAGCAGUAGCGGCAGUAGCAGUAGCGGCAGUAGCAGCGCGGUCACCUCCCACCCGGGUGCGGCCUCUACCUCCAGCAGCACCACCGCCGAACCCGCCUGUGCGCCCGGCGCCGACGGGGCGGCGGCCGGCGCCGGCGCGGACAGCCAGAGCCCAGACGGCACGGCCGCGCCCGCGGCCGCCGCCGCGUCACCUCCAGCCUCUGCCUCCGCCGCAGCCACGCCAAUCAGCCUGCCGGUCCCCACCGGUGGCUUCUACGGCCGUCUGCACGCCUCACUGCUGGCCGGCGGCGACGGCAUGUACGGCCUCAGCCGCGACGCCGCGCUGGGGCUGCCCGUGGUGGGCGUGUUGCUGCCCGACACGCGCUGCGUGGACAUCCGCCACUGGCUGGGGCCCGUCGUGCCCGAGGAGGCGGAGGAGGAGGCCGGCGGCGGCGCGGGCGGCGGCGCGGGCGGCGGCGCGGGCGGCGGUGCGGGCGGCGGUGCGGGCGGCGGCGGCGGCGGCGCAGGUGGCGGAGGUAGCGCAGGCGGCGGAGGCGGCAGCGUGGCUGAGAAGGUUUCUGGCGGCGUUGCGGGGCGCGACGGUGCUGGUGCUGGUGCGAGUGCUGGUGCGAGUGCUGGCGGCGGCGGCGGCGGAAGUGACAAGGCCAGGGUAGUGCUGGGCAAGGAGGAGCGGCGGCUGCUGGACGCGGCGGCGUGCUGCGGCCUGGAGCUGGAGGAGCUGGUGCCGCAGGCGUUGCUGAGGCUGGUGGAGACGCAGGUGCAGGUGCUGCAGAGCAGCAGCUACGUCGAGCACCUGCGGAGCCGCCUCGCCGGCGGCGAAGCCGGCGGAGGCGGCGGCGCGGGGCCGGCGGCGGCUCCGCCGCCGGCGGCGCUGCAACCGCCCCCUGGCUGGUGGUGCCGCGACCACGCCUGGUUCUUGAUGCUGACGCCGGCGGCGGUGCAGGAGGUGUGCAUGCGGCUGGCGGAGCUGUGCACGGCCUCGGCCGACGCGCCCGGGGUCGGCGCGCGCGCGCCCGGCGCGCCGCCGGCGCCGGCGCCGGCGCGGGUGCGGGUGAACCGGGAGUCAGCGUGGCACCUGGGGGGCCGCUCGCUGGCCGUGGUCCGGAGCCUGUGCCCGCUGACGCUGCCGCUUGCGCCGCUGCCCGUCAAGCCCAAGGAGGGUGCGGAGGAGAAGGCCGGGGGCGGCGUUGCGGAAGCCGGCCGCGCCAAGGAGCAAGCGGCGAGCGAUUCGAGCACGGCAUCCCCGUCCUCGGCUUCGCAGGAGACUGCGUCGCCAAGCUCGGCGCCAGCGCAGGCUGACCAGGCGGCACGGCCCGACCAAGCGGUUGCCCCGGCUGCGCCGCCGCCGCCGCCGCCGCCGCCGCAGCUGCCCUACCCCUGGCUGGAGCGCAGCUGGCGGCCGCGCUGCGGCUGGUCGGCGUUGCCGGUGCCGGCCGUGACCUCGCCGCCGCCGGUGUGGUGGCGCGCGCUGUGCGGCAUGCUGCAGAGCAGCGCGCCGCUGGUGGACGUCGUGGCAACUCGCUCCGCCUGCCACCCGUCUAGUGUGCUGACGGAGAUUGUGAGCCAGCAGCUUCUGCGGGUGGUGCCGCGCGCGCACCGCGCGCCGCUGAACGCCUCGCUGCCGCAGGCGAUGGAGGCGCAGCAGGCGGCGGAGACGGCGCAGGAGGGCUGGUCGGCAGACCACCUGCUGGACUACGCCCCGCCCGAGCUGGCCGCGGCGCUGUGGGGCGGCCUGCUGCCCGGCGUGGAGUCGGCCAUGCGGCGCGUGGCGUGCUCGCCCGACGACGCGCACCUGGCCGGCAGCCUGCUGCUGCCGGCGCUGCUGCAGCAGCCCGACCAGGGCUUCCACUUCAUGCACCACCUGCUGGCGUUCGCGCCGCUGAGGGAGAUCUCCUCCCUAAUAGCCACAAUCGCCAAGCUGAUGCAGCUGUGCACGCACCGCAUACUGGCGGCGGACGCAGCGCUGCGACCGCACACCGUGCACCCCCACACACUGAGCAACGCGCUGGCGCUGCCGCCGCCGCCGCCGCCCGGCGGCCCGCCGUUGCCGCCGCCAGACCCGCGGCCCGAUCUGCGGUGGCGCUUUGAGGACGAGCUCAAGGGGGCGUGUUCAGCGCUGCAGGCGUUGAUUCGCUCGAUGCUGGUCAGUCAGACGCGCGCCAACCUGUCCGACUACGCGCCCAAGCGGAAGGGGCAGGAGGCGCCAGAGCAGCAGCUCACAGCGCUGGUCGAGGCGGAGCCGGGGGCGCUGGAGACGGCGAAGGAGAAGGAGACGGGGAAGCAGAAGGAGCAGAGAGGGCAAGAAGGAAAGCAGGAGGGCGUGGAGGAGGAGGAGGCGCUGGGGGGUCGGGAGGCAGGCACGGCAGGCACGGCAGGUGCAACAGCGAGCGCCGGCAGCGGCACGGGCAGCGGCGAUGGCCAGUCGGUCGCAGCCGCGUCCGCUGCCGAUAAGCCGUCCACCUCCGCCAUUGCAGCUCCCGUCGCAGCGCUUACCGCCGCAGCCGCAACCGCCACCCCAGUGUCGGCGUCCGAAUGCCGCGGCCCCGGCUCCAGCCCUAGCUCCGGCCCCAGCUCCGGCCCCGGCUACAGCCCAUACAGCAUUGCCGCCACCGGCAAGCCGCCGCCGCCGCCGCCGCCACCCAGCGCGCUGCAGGCGCUGUACUCCAACGACCGCGAGCGGCACCGGCGGCUGGAAGGCUUCAUGGUGUACGGCUGGAGCCGCCAGCUGUCGCGCAUCGCGCGCCAGCUGCAGUGCGUGCCGGGAGGCGAGAGCGCCGUGUACAUCUGCAGCUGGACGGCCCUCAUGUGGGCGCUGCCCAUGACAUUCGCCUACCGCAACGCGCGGGCCCAGGCGCGGCGCGCGGAUCUGGCGUCCAGCGCUGGUGCUGGUGCGGGUGCGGGUGCGGGUGCGGGUGCCGGCGCGCCAGGCUGCGCUGCCGUAACGCUGGCGCCCGCGCCCUUGUCUGCGCCUGGCGGCGCCGGCGCCGCUGCUGCAGCCGGCGCAGCGGCAUGCGACGGUGCCGGGGCCAGUGCCAGCGCCAGCAGGGCAGGUGGCGAUGCUGCCGGAAGUGAGCAGACGGGAGACGACGGGUUGGAUUCGGGAGUGUCGGCGCACGACUUGGCAUUUGCGGAGGCUGUGUGUGGCGAGCUGGCUGGCUGGGAUGCACACAAGCUCUUGGUGGAUGUGUUACGACAAGCGGAUCGGCUCCAGGAGAUGGAGCGCGCCCUUGAGGACGCCCAGCACCGCGCCGAGCUCAUCACCACGCGACGCCUCGACGUCGGGAAGGAUGACCGAGUGGCGGAGCUAUGGAGACAGGAAGCAGAUGCCAGGCGGGAGGUCAAGGCGGCGAUGGAGGCGGCGGAAGCCGCUGAGGUGGCGGCUCGGGCAGCCGCCUCGGCGCGGCAAGCUUCUGAGGCCGAGGCGGCGGAGGCCAAGGCGGCCGCCGCGGCGGCGGAGGCAGCGGCCAAAGAGGCAGCUACGAAGUGGGUGGCCGCGAGUACGGAGGUCGCGGUGGCGGAGACGGAGGAGGAGACGGAGGCAGCGGAGGCGGCGGCGGAGCUAGCUGAGAAGGAAGCCAAGGCCGCGAUGGCGGCAUCCAAGGCCGCAGCGACCAGGGCCAAGGCCGCACGGGUCCAGGUGGAAGCAGCCGUUGGGGCAGAGGCAGCUGCGCAGGCCGCGCUAGCGGCAGCUCGCUCCCGGGUCUCCGAGGCUGCCGCGGCUGCGCUGCUCUGCGAGAACCGGGCGUUAGAACACGAGAACGCCACUCUCUCUUUACUAGAGGAGCAGGAGCAGCGUGCACGUUGUGGUCUCCGGGCUGCGGAGGAACGCACGCUGGCGCAACGGGCCCUCUGCAAGGAAGCCGCGGACGACGCCGCACACGCUGUGCACGCCCACGCCCUCGCUCUUGAGUCCUGUGCAUCCCGAAUCCGUGCCGAGGCGCCGGCAGCAGGCCCUGACACACGCCCGUUCGCCAUCUCGUUGCAUGACGCCGGCGUCUUGGAGGCACUCGCGGCCACUUUCCGCCUGGCGGCCAUGCCAGCCGAGUGGGUGUCCGAAGCCAUCCCGGACCUGGAAACGCCGCUUGGGGGCUGGGAUGGAGUGAGGGCUAACUUUUACAGCAGCCUCAGCGCCACCACGGCGCUGGUCCAAAGCGUGCAAAAGCGCGCGGCAGAGAUGCUUGCGACGGCGGCGCAGCUCAGGCAGGCGGGGCAGCAGCGACAGGGCGCGCACGGGGCAGCGGCUGGCUCCACCGCUUCGGGUGCGGCCGACGGAGCGGGCACUAACGCCGCAGCACCUGCUGCGCUGGCUGCGCCCAGCACCUCUGUGGCGGCUUCCUCUCCCGCCUUUGAAGCCGCCGCCGCCGCCUCCAGCUUGUCCAGCUCCACCUCUAGCACCCCCUCCACCACCCCCUCCACCACCCCCGCCGCCACCCCCGCCGCCACCCCCGCCGCCAUCACCAACCGCUGGGCGGCGGCGGAGGCGGCGGUGACACCGGCCGAGGCGGUGGCGAGCUGGGAGACGCUGCUCCUACACGACAUCGACUGCGUGGCGCUAGCGGGGCUGCUGCUGCGCUUCCCGCGCUCCACGCAGCGCGGCUGGGGUACGGAGGACGUGCGGCACCUGCUGCGCUGCCUGCUGUUCACGGCAAUGACCAUGCCCAACCGCCUGCGGGCGGCGCUGAAGGCGGCGGAGCCGGGCCUGGCGGCGGGGGCUGCGGCGGUGGCUGCGGUGGGGGUAUCGGGGCCGAGCAGGCAGGAGCGGUUGGGCAGCGGCGGCAGCGACUGCGGCAGCGUGGGCAGUGCCGCCCGCGACAGCCGCAGCUCCAGUGCCAGCAGCACCGACAGCGCAAGCAGCAGCGGCGUCGCCGGCGCCCGCACAAGCGGCAGCGCGGGCGCCAGCCGCAGUGGCGCCGGUGGCGGUUGCGCCAGUGGCAGUGGCGCCGACAUCGACAGCGGCGUCACCAGCCUGCUGUCUGCCGAGGGGCGCGAGCUGAUGCCGGCCUGGCUGUCGCCGUGGCGGCGCGAGGUGCUGGAGGGGCUGCGGCAGCUGGACAACGUGCGGCGCGAUCCGGCGCUGGCGGCCUACGCCGACUACGUGGUGGGCCGGCUGGAGCGGCUGAGGGCCACGCCGGACGGCGGCACGGUGGAGGAGCAGGAGGAGGAGGCGUGGCUGGCGGGCGGCAGCGAGGCGCAGGACGGCGAGGAGGAGGGGCAGGGGGAGGAGGAGGGGGCCGAGAGGGAGGGGAAGGAGGGCGAGAAGGUGGAGAAGGCGGCGGCUGGUGCCGGUGCUGCCGCCGCUGCUGCUGCCGGCGCCGCAGGCGUGCCGCUGCCGGAGGCGCCUGCUGCCGGCAGACCCAGCACCAGCGCAGCGAAAAGCACCACCACGACCAGCAGCAAGGACAAGGUCGGCGGCGGCGGCGGCACGAGCGGCGGCGGCGGCGGCACGGGCGGCGGCGGCGGCAAGAGUGACGUGGCGCUCAGCCGCCACCUGCGGCGGCUGCCCAUCAUGGCGCAGGCCGACAUCGCCAAGGUGCAGCGCGAGGCGCCCACGCUGCUGUCGCCGGCGGCCGUGGCCGUGUCGGUGCCUGCUCCCUCCGCCUGCGGCAACCCCGCCUGCGUCAACCUGGAGGGCGCCACCGAGGCCGACCUGGAGGCGGCGGUGGGCGGCCUCAAGGCCUGCGGCGGCUGCAAGGCCGUGCACUACUGCGGCCGCAUGUGCCAGGUAGCGCACUGGAAGGCGGGGCACAAGGACAGCUGCCCGGGGGUCAAGGCCAAGGCAAAGGGCAAGGAGGGCCAGCAGGGCAAGGAGCCGGGGGAGGAGGGAAACGCGGCGGGCGCGGGUGGGGGUGCGGCUGCGGCCGCGGCGGCAGGUGGCAGGUGGUCCAGGGCUGACAGCCUUGCGGCAAUGCAGAAGUCCGUCGCAGCCGCAGAAGCGAGAGCCAUGCGUGACCUAGCUGCCGCAUAUGGCGUAGGCGCGGGCAGCGGCCGUAGCGCCGCGGACGCCGUUGCGGCGCUACAGGCGUCCAGGGCCGUAGCAGCAGCCGUGGCAGCCCUGGGUGGCCCUGCCGCCGUGCGCACAGACGGCGCGGGCACGAAGCCGGGCGGCAGCGCGGGCACGGGUGCUAUGCCGCAGAAGGGCUCUGGCACGUCCGCCGCCUCAGGCGCGGCAGCCCAGCCCAGCAACCGCGCGAGCGAGUCAGCUGCCAGCAGCGGUGCAGAGCGGCAGGUGUCGGCUGGCGCCGCCGCCGCUCCGCGGGGCUCGGCUGUAGGCAGCGUGGUGGGCCCGGCAGCAGCAGCAGCAGCAGCAGCAGCAGCUGUUGCUGUUCCUGCUGGCAGCUCUGCGGGUGCGGGCACGUCGCAGGCCGGCAGUAUCGGUGGGGCUGCGACUGUGGCGGACAGUUUUGUAGCGGGCCUGUUGCACGGCUACACGGGCGUGACACUCGACGCGCUGUCGGGUACGCCGGAGCUGUCGGAUGUGCUCACGGACGCAAUGCGGCUCUCCACUGCACAAGGAGCCGGCCUGCGUCCGGCGGGCGGCCAGGCGGCGCGGGGCGGCCAGGUGGCGAAAGCCGCUGGCGGCGCCAAGCUUGAGACCGGCAAGGGCAAGGGCAAGGGCAAGAAGAAGUAAGUGCGUGCGUCUGGCGUUGGUCACGCAGCGGGAUGUGCACCAGGUACCGGGGCCUGCGUGCCACACAUGAAGGCAGCGCGUGGACGCGCGGGACGGAUGUCUGCCGCACGCGUAUUCUGAUGCGGUACUGAGGUAGCUCGUGCGCAGUGGGCCAGGACGUUGAUGGUGGCCAUGGGGGUUGGCUGGCAGGUGAUACACUGUUGCACUGAUCAUAACGCGCACGCAAUGAAGAAGCGUGGGUGAGCGUACGGCUGGGGCAGUUGCGUUGCGCACCGAUAUUGAGGGGCGUUUGAUGAUUCAAACUUGGGCGCGCGAUCUGGCAAGCAUCACGGUUGUUUUGAUUCAUGGAUGAUACUUAGGCGAUGUCCGCUUAAGGUUUACAUCUCAGGUUUGGGAAGCAUGUUGGCGUGCCGUAUGUGGGGGAGCCAGCCUGUGGAAUUUUUGAUGAAAGAGUGGGUCCGGAUCAUGGCUCGAGGCGAUGGCUAGUAGUAGUGCUAAACCGCCUGGCGUUGAGAGGUAGGCAUCGACAUCAGAGUGCAAGCACUCACGGGGUGUUUUGCGCUCAGGGCAGGCUGCGUGCAGCGAACCCGCUGGCAGAUGUUGCCGGUUUCACACCGCCGGUUUCCACUCGGGUACUCGAUUCGGGGUCAGCCCACGCGCCACACCCACGCAUCGUACAAGAGAUUUAGGUGCUUCGAGAAUAGCUGUACGCAGCGGACAAUUUGGGUAUCGAGUGAGCGAUUGUGGUCUGCCAAGAGGUCGCAGCGAACCCCGCCCGAACCCAGCCUCGCCUCGCCCACUCUACCCAUACAGACAACUUCUGCCAACGUGCGUGCAUUUGUGACAUACACAUGUAAGAAUGUUACCGC